AGGGCGAGGGCGGCGAGCCAUGACGGGCGGCAGCGCGGCGUUUCGCCGUCGGUGCUAGAGGGCGACCGCGGGGCGCGGAGCCCGCCUGGCUCGGCGGCGCGGAGCGCGGAGGUAGCGCGGAGGGGCCGCCGCCGCCGCCGCCGCCAUGGGCAACGCGGGGAGCGUGGACUCUCAGCAGACGGAGUUCAGGGCGCACAGCGUACCUCUCAAGCUGCCCAUGCCCGAGCCCGGUGAGCUGGAGGAGCGCUUCGCAGUGGUCCUGAAUGCGAUGAACUUGCCGCCUGACAAAGCCCGGCUUCUGCGGCAGUAUGACAAUGAGAAGAAGUGGGAGCUGAUCUGUGACCAGGAAAGAUUUCAGGUGAAGAAUCCUCCACACACAUACAUCCAGAAGUUGAAGGGCUAUCUGGAUCCAGCUGUAACCAGGAAGAAAUUCAGAAGACGAGUCCAAGAGUCUACUCAGGUACUCCGAGAACUGGAAAUUUCUUUAAGAACAAAUCACAUCGGAUGGGUCAGGGAGUUCCUGAAUGAAGAAAACAAAGGCCUGGAUGUUCUGGUGGAGUACUUGUCAUUUGCACAGUAUGCAGUCACGUUUGACUUUGAAAGUUUGGAGAACAAUGUGGAAAACUCAAUGGACAAGUCCAAACCUUGGAGCCGAUCUAUUGAGGACCUGCACAGAGGAAGUAAUUUACCCUCACCAGUUGGCAACAGCAUUUCCCGUUCUGGCAGACACUCGACUUUAAGGUAUAACACCUUGCCAAGCCGAAGAACGCUAAAAAAUUCCAGAUUAGUGAGUAAAAAAGAUGAUGUUCAUGUCUGCAUCAUGUGUUUACGGGCCAUAAUGAAUUACCAGUAUGGAUUCAAUAUGGUCAUGUCGCAUCCACAUGCUGUUAAUGAAAUUGCACUAAGUUUGAACAACAAGAAUCCCAGGACAAAGGCCCUUGUCUUAGAACUUCUAGCAGCUGUUUGCCUUGUCAGAGGAGGACAUGAAAUCAUUUUAUCGGCGUUCGAUAACUUUAAGGAGGUGUGUGGAGAGAAACAGCGCUUUGAGAAGCUGAUGGAGCACUUCCGAAAUGAAGACAACAAUAUAGACUUCAUGGUGGCCUGCAUGCAAUUCAUCAACAUCGUUGUCCACUCAGUGGAGGACAUGAACUUCAGAGUCCACCUGCAGUACGAAUUUACAAAGCUUGGCCUGGAUGAGUACUUGGAUAAACUGAAACACACGGAGAGUGAUAAACUGCAGGUGCAAAUUCAAGCUUACCUGGAUAACGUUUUUGAUGUAGGAGCUUUACUGGAGGAUGCUGAAACCAAGAAUGCAGCCCUGGAAAGAGUUGAAGAACUGGAAGAAAACAUUUCCCAUUUAUCUGAAAAACUCCAAGAUACGGAGAAUGAAGCCAUGGCAAAGAUUGUGGAACUGGAAAAACAGCUUAUGCAAAGAAACAAAGAACUGGAUGUGAUUCGGGAAAUCUACAAAGAUGCAAAUACCCAGGUUCAUACCUUGAGAAAAAUGGUGAAAGAAAAAGAAGAAGCCAUCCAGCGACAGUCAACACUGGAGAAAAAGAUCCAUGAACUGGAGAAGCAGGGAACCAUUAAGAUCCAAAAGAAAGGUGAUGGUGACAUCUCUAUCCUUCCUGUUGCUCUGGCCUCUGGGAUGGUGCCAGCAGGGUCAGAGGCUGGGUCUGGAACAUGUGUUGCACCAGUUGCUGGAGCUACAUCUUCAGUACCAUUGCCACCACCUCCACCACCAUUACCCACCUUAGCAGCGGCAUCUGAGGCAGUGCAAAAUGGUCCUGUGUCAGUGCUGAUGCCACCUCCACCACCACCUCCACCACCGCCUCCACCACCACCACCACCACCUCCUCUCCCAGGUCCAGCUUUGGAGACAGCUCCUGCAGCUCCGCUGCCUCCACCGCCCCCGCCAUCAGCACCCCCGCUGCCCGGGACAGCCUCUCCCACUGUGGUGUUCAACUCAGGGCUUGCAGACGGGCCAAUCAAGCUCUUCUCUGUGAAAAUCAAGAAGCCAAUCAAGACCAAAUUCCGCAUGCCAGUGUUCAACUGGGUUGCCCUCAAACCCAACCAGAUUAAUGGGACGGUCUUCAAUGAAAUAGAUGACGAAAGGAUUCUGGAGGAUUUAAAUGUGGAUGAAUUUGAAGAAAUAUUUAAAACAAAAGCCCAAGGUCCAGCCAUUGAUCUUACUUCAAGCAAGCAAAAGAUAACUCAGAAAGGGUCAAACAAAGUCACAUUACUGGAUGCCAACAGGGCAAAAAAUCUUGCUAUUACUUUAAGAAAAGCUGGAAAGACAGCAGAUGAAAUAUGCAAAGCUAUUCACGUGUUUGACCUGAAAACGUUGCCGGUGGAUUUUGUUGAAUGCCUCAUGCGGUUCCUGCCCACCGAGAACGAAGUGAAAGUGUUGCGGCUCUAUGAGCGGGAAAGGAAACCCAUCGAGAACCUGUCUGACGAAGACCGGUUCAUGAUGCAGUUCAGCAAGAUUGAGAGGCUGAUGCAGAAGAUGACCAUCAUGGCGUUCAUAGGCAACUUUGCAGAAAGCAUCCAGAUGCUGACCCCACAACUUCAUGCAGUAAUAGCUGCAUCUGUCUCCAUAAAAUCAUCCCAAAAGCUUAAGAAAAUACUGGAGAUAAUCUUGGCUCUUGGAAACUACAUGAACAGCAGUAAACGAGGAGCUGUGUAUGGAUUUAAGCUACAGAGUUUAGACCUGCUUCUAGAAACGAAGUCAACAGACCGAAAGCAGACUCUGCUGCACUAUAUUUCUAAUGUGGUCAAGGAGAAGUACCAACACGUAUCCCUCUUUUACAAUGAGCUUCAUUACGUGGAGAAGGCUGCUGCAGUGUCUCUUGAAAAUGUCCUCUUGGAUGUGAAGGAGCUGCAGAGGGGCCUGGAUCUGACAAAGCGUGAGUACACCAUGCAUGACCACAACACGAUGCUGAAGGAGUUCAUUCAGAACAAUGAAGGGAAGCUAAAGAAACUGCAGGAUGACGCCAAAAUAGCCCAGGACGCUUUUGAUGAUGCUGUGAAGUAUUUCGGGGAGAAUCCCAAGACGACACCCCCCUCUGUCUUCUUCCCGGUGUUUGUCCGGUUUGUGAAGGCCUACAAGCAAGCAGAAGAAGAGAAUGAAUUGAGAAAAAAGCAGGAACAGGCCUUAAUGGAAAAACUUAUGGAGCAGGAAGCAUUGAUGGAGCAACAGGACCAAAAGUCUCCUUCACAUAAAACAAAGAGACAGCAGCAAGAGCUGAUUGCAGAGCUCAGGCGGCGGCAAGUCAAGGAUAACAGACAUGUAUAUGAAGGGAAGGAUGGUGCUAUUGAAGAUAUUAUAACAGUGCUGAAGACUGUGCCCUUUACCGCUCGAACCGCCAAGCGGGGCUCUCGGUUUUUCUGCGAACCUGUUCUCACUGAGGAAUUCCAUUACUAAACUAUUCCUCUUUCACAUCUGAUGCUCUUAGAAAAAAGAAAGAUCUUAGAAACCAGCCGUACCGACGGGCCGACGCGGUGAGGAGAAGUGUCAGGCGGCGCUUCGAUGAUCAGAACUUGCGCUCUGCAAACGGUGCUGAGAUAACCAUGUGAGCUGGAGGCCUGCAGGUGUCAAGGAAAGGGGGUGCUUGCAUGAUACCUUGUCCGUGUCAGCUCUAUGUUCUGCCACUCCUUUACAGCCUGGGGAAUGGUAAAAUUUCCUUUCUAAAGGGCUCCAAGACCUAGAAAAUGCAUAGGACCGUCAGUAAUGGGCUCUCCAGUCAACUGUAGCUAACAAGUGCCUAAAGUACCUGCUCAAAUUGAUCAAAGCAAUAGGACUUGAUUUGAUUGGGUAUCUUUUUACACCAAUACAUUAUUCAGUAUUUUUAACCAAAAUGUAAAAUACCGUGUUGGUUUGGGUGUUUAGUUUGGUUUGGUUAUAAAAAAGUUUAGUGACUGGUCUCCUGUGGACCUGACCUGCAUCCCGACCAGUUGUAAACAGGGAAUACCUGGACUUGCUCUGCUUUCGAAUGCAUUCCUGUGCUGUCCACCGAGGGGUGAACCUUGGCUUCAGCCACACUUACUGGCUUUUUCCUUUUUAUAACAAAAAACCAAACAACAAAAAAAAAGGGAAGACAUUUAAGGGCUUUCUAUAGGUAAUACAGAAUUGUUCCAGGAAGAGACCCGUACCUUUUUCCACCACCCAGAGUCCGUGCCACUGUAGCUAGGCUGUGCUACCAGGUACAUCAGUGAGCAUCAGGUGUGCAGCAAACGGACACGAAUUUUCACCCCUCAGCUGCGGUGGUUGUGGUGUGCAGUGCGGGGCUGAGGCCUUGGAGGUGCUGGGGGCAAAUGCGUUGGUGAAUGCACAGGGUGAGGAGGGUGGCAAAGGCUCUCCAGCUAGCAUCAGCUUUGGAAUAACAGUGUAUUUAUUAAUUAGCACUAAGGUAUUAACAUCUCAAUAAUCAGCAUUAGGAUUCUGAGGACGGUCGUGGCUCAGUUCCUUGUGCAGAGAACCAUCCUCUGCCCUGCUCUGUUGGAUUAACACCCUGCUCCAAUGCAAAGUUCCUUGGACAGGCUGGUUCAAAUUCCAGACCAUUGGUCAGCAAAUGGAAGCCCAGCCUAAAAAUCUUGUUAGGUUGUAGGUUCUACAUUGCUUUUUAAAGAGAAAAGGGACGUGAGAGUGACUGUAGCCACAUGCUGCGCCCCGCACUGCUGGUCUGCACCAGAAUCCCUGAGCAGCAAGACAAAGCUGAGCUCGUGCUGGCAGGGCACGCGAUCUUCUCACACGUAAAGAACUGGACUGAACUGAACUUCCCAAGAUACAUUUUGCUUACAGCUUACCUUGCCUGGUCUCAUCGCAUCAACAUGUUAAUUGUAAAAUUUAUUGUAUAGUAUUUAACCACUGAAUUUCUUUUUCUUUUAUGUUGUGCUUAUGUGAACCACUGGUGAAGGUCCCAUUUUUUUUCUUGGAUAAUGUGUAGUUAUAUGAUAAUCUGUUUUUAAAUGUACAGAUAUUUUGCUACAAAAUUGGUGCAGUUUUGUAUGGUUUUUACACUUCUCUUUUAUUCCCACUUUAGCCUCUGGGUAAUACUGUAAAUAUUGUUUAAAAAGAAAUGCAUCAGCCUGUGCUAUACAAUCUGAAUGUUAUUUUAACUUAUAGUUUUUGUUUUUAUAUUUAACUAAAUGGACAGUUUGGGGCUCAGAGUUACCACAUUGACCUCUGCUUACCUAUUUACAGGAAGUUUACUUUGAAAACUGCCACCUUCUUGCAUUUACAGCAACGUGUACUUGACAAGCUAAAGAGAACAUGCCAACCCACCUCCUUCUUCACGGGCAGUGACAGAAGAGUAUUUUAAUCUGCAUAAGAAAAUUUGACCAUUAAUUUAAUCAAUCGUUAGACAAAGGGUUAAAAGCACUUGUUCUCACAGGCUUAAGCUCAAAGGUCAUUUUUUAAUUGAAGGCAAAAUUUAUCAUACAGCUUGAAUAUAAUGCUGGCAUGUUCUCUUUCAUAUUUUUCUAGUAAUAGACCUGCUUCUUAGCAAUAUUAGAAGUGUUUUAUAAAAGCAGUUCAUGUUACUUUCCUGGUCUGUUCCUGGCAUAAGAUCAAAUAAACUAUUUACACUACUA